ACCUUGUAUGCUGAUUGGCGGAUAUUAAAGGUAAUACCUGGUGUGUUCACCUGGUUUAACUACUCACUAACCUUAUCAAAUAUUAUCUCCAUGAUAAGUAAUUGAAGAUCGGUACUUGAUAAAGGGCAUCGCCAUGAAGAAAACUUGGCUCCUUAUUUUAACUUUAUUUUAUCUCUUUUACACCAUUUUAGGUCAAUUAUUCACAUGCCCUAGACCAUGGGUAAUUGAAAGAGAGAAUUGUUUUUAUUUUCAAUAUUCACCCUUGAAAGUUGAUGAGGCUAAAUCCGUUUGCGAAGAAAACGGUGGCUUCCUUAUUUCCGUCCACCACAACGAAUAUGAGUAUAUUUCGAAACAACUUAAACUCAAGUCGGAAAGUAGUCAAGUAUGGCUGACUGGAGGCUUCAUGGAUGGAGGUUUAUAUUGGCAUGAUGGGUCUAAAAUAGAGAAUUUAGACAACUUCGACGAGAAGUCGAAAAAAAGAAAUCUACUUGACGAUGAUAUUGUUGUGCUAAAAACGUUUGGAGGAAUCUGGAAAUUGUCUUUAUUGCCCAACAAUGGUCAAGAGUUUUCUUUCAUUUGCCGCGUCCGUGUCACGGACGCCUAUAUGAUUUUAAAGGAGGAGAGAGAUUUUUCCUACGGUUCUGAAAGUGGUCUAACUGAAGAAAGAGGCCCAAAUUUCAUUCAACAGCCUGUAGAUCAGAUAGUCGAUUCAGAAUUCAAACCUGAAAAAAUAAUAAUGCAUUGCGUUGCGACGGGAAUUCCUUCUCCAAAAUAUUCUUGGUUUAAACUAAAGCUUGUUGGCUCUGUAGAAAUAUUGGAAGAAAUCGAUUUAGUAAGAAAAGAUAAGCUAGCAAUUAUUGGUGGAAAUCUUGUAAUAAGCAAACCGGCAGAAAAUGAAGAUAGUGGCCAAUAUACUUGUAAAGUUACAAACAAAUUAGGAUCAAUUUAUAGUCAAACUGCUACACUAUCAUUUACAAGUUUAGUUGAUUUUCCCAAUUCUCCUAGUGCAACUGUUAAUUUCGAUGAAUAUGCUAGUGCUACAUUAGCCUGUAGUACUCAACAGUAUAGCGGUCGACUUUUGUAUGCUUGGUACAAACAAAAUUUUCGAAAUUUUGUCAAGAGUAAAUUCAAACCGUACAUAUUCAUCAGUAGAAAUGGUUAUUUAUACUUUCAAUCAAUAUCAAAGGAUGAUGAAGGAGACUAUGUUUGCGUCGUAACAAGUGUUAAUCCCGCUGCAACUAUUUCGGCAAGUGGUGGCAAAAUUUCUCGCGAAAUACCAAUCAGAGUUAAUAGUGGAUCAGCUCAAAGGGCGGAUCCUCAAUUUUUUGAGGGAUUUCCUCGUAGUUUUCCAAAAGUACCUCUCCAAGGUAACGACGUAUACGUGGAAUGUUUAGCAAGAGGCACAGACGUCCUGACUUACUCCUGGCGACGGCAAGAUGGGCAAGCUUUACCGAAAUCCGCUCAACUACAAGAUCAUAAUCGCGUUCUUUUUUUUAAAAGUAUAACAAUAUCCGAUUCUGGAAUUUACAUUUGUUCUGUAUCGAGAGAACAAGGCAUAGGAAAGACUACUACUUUCUCGCUAAAUGUUGAUACUAAACCGUUCUUUACUGUUCCUGUUCAAUCGCAACAUAUUGACAAAGGAAAUUCAUUUACUUGGCUAUGCAUAGCCGACGGCUUGCCUCCGCCAGAGGUAGAAUGGAUAAAGAAUGGAAAAGUAAUUAAGAACGGGGAUAAUCCAAGAAUAAAGGUGGAUAAAUCAUUGUUGACACUUAAUAAUAUUGAAGACGACGAUGCUGGAAUGUAUCAAUGCGCUGCAAAGAAUGAGCACGGAAAGGUAUAUUCAUCUGGACAGUUGAGAGUUAUUUCCCUUGCUCCAACGUUCAGAAAAAGUCAUUUAAGGCCUACAAUGUAUACUGCUCUGAGAGGAAACAUAACCUUACCAUGUAAGCCGGAAGCCGCUCCAAGUCCGACUAAAACUUGGUAUUUUAAUAAUCGUGUCAUCACUAAUUCACUUAACAAGAGGGUUUUGAAGAACGGAAAUCUGGUGUUAACUAAAGUUACAAAGGCGGAACAAGGGACAUAUAAAUGCGUAGCUGAGAAUGCAUUAGGAGUGGCGGAAACAUCUGGUGAGCUAUCUGUCGUGAAGGAAACUGUUCUAAGCCAUUUCCCAAGUGUAACUACUGUAAGAGUAAAUCGAACAGUUUUACUAGAGUGUGAAACUUCUCACAGUCCGGUUUUAGACGUACAAUAUGAUUGGUAUCAGAAUGGUAGAAAAAUUGAUUUCAUCGACGUCUAUUACAUAGGUUCUAUUGUUAUCAGUAGAAAAGACCCAUACUUCUUUAGAGGAACUGGUACAAGAAAGGGUUCUUUGGUAAUAAGAAAUGCUCAAUUAUUUCACAGUGGACGUUAUAAGUGCGUUGGUCGAACAACUAGUGACUUGGUUUCCCACGAAGCAACUUUAACAGUAAAGGGACCUCCUAGCCCGCCUGCAGGAAUCACGGCUCUUGAGGACGAUAUCGGGAAGAAGUCGGCCAAAGUACAAUUUUUUCCAGGAAAUUCUAAUGGAGAACCAAUCAGAGAAUACGUUGUUGAAGCCAUAGUUAUGAGAAAAAUUGGAUCAGGUAUUUUCAGAGCAGAAUCAAAUUUUACAGUUGUUGGUGUUUUUGAUGAGAGUUCUCUGAAAACAAUUGCGAUAAAUGGAGAAGUAGCUACUUAUGAAGCAACUAUAGAAGAUUUAUCGCCUUUCACUACUUAUAAAUUCCGUGUACGAGCUAUUAACUCAAUAGGAAGAUCAAAGCCUAGUGAAGAAAGUAAAAUUAUAACUACUAAAGCCGAUAGACCAAGCGCAAAUCCGACAAAUGUUGGUGGUGGUGGCGGUAAAGUUGGCGAACUAAGAAUUACAUGGACGCCGGUUCCCUAUGAUAAAUUGCAUGGUGAAAAAGCCGGCUAUGUUGUUUAUUGGCGAAAGAAAGACACAAUUGAUUGGGAAGAGAGAAUUGCUGGUAAUGAAGCUACAAGCUAUUUUUCAUAUACUGUCGGAUCGAAGAACUUUUAUAUGCCAUACGAAGUUAAAGUUCGAUCAAAGAAUGUUGUUGGACUUGGUCCACCAACAAAUCACACGCUUAUAUAUAGUGCAGCUGAUCUACCACCUGCUAUGCCUUCGGAAGUUAGACCUUAUCAAUGGAACGCCACAGCUUUACUCGUUGAAUGGGUUUCCGUCAACGACACACGGAAAAAUGUGCGAGGGAAAUUGGGAGGAUAUCGUAUCAACUAUUGGAGAACUAAUAUUGACACAGAAGAAGAAGGCCAGCAUAUGUUGGCUAGUGGAAACAUUGAAAAAGCUCUUGUUAUAGGUCUCUAUCCUAAUGUUAUGUAUUCCGUAUCUCUUCAAGUAUUCAAUGGAGCUGGAUUCGGUCCAAAAACAAACCCAAUUUUUCAAAGAACGUUAAGAAAAGCUCCAAUGAAUAUGCCUACAGAAGUUACUAUACUGGGAGUAAAAGACGGGGGCGUUUCUCUAAAUUGGCGUGGUGUAUCAACUGGUCAAAGUGAAGAACCCCUCCAAGGUUAUAUGGUAAAGGUAUGGCGUUUAGGUGAAACUUUAUACGAAGCAGCCGAAUACGACUCGGAAAGAAGAACGCAUAUUAUCCUGGAGGACUUGCCAACCGAUAGAGAAUAUUAUAUAAGAGUUUACGGCUAUUCAAGAGGAGGCCAAGGAACAAUGAGUAGUCCAGCAACUCAAAUUCAUUUAACAAACGAUUGUAACAGAAUUAUAAAAGUACCUUAUAAAAGAUAUGUCUAUAAAUGUAGCUCGGCAAGAUAUCUAACAUCCUCAAUUCUUUCUGUUAUUUCAAUGCUUGUUUUACUUGAGAUAUUAGUAUAG